ACUAGCUUAAACAAUACCCGUCAGAACUCAGACGGUAGGUUGAAGGUUCAGACUCCAGGAGUUCAGAAGUCGUGUAUGACGUGAAACACAGUUAUUUUUUUUUUUAUAUAGAAAAAUACGCGAUCUUUACUUCAUUAAAUUAGAAUCGAGUACUAGAGAUUAAAUUUUCAGUGCAGUUUUAUUUUUAUGGAAUAUUGUUGAUAAAUUUAUUAUUUAAUACCUAUUGACUAUUGUUACCAAAAUGGAAAGACCGACGAAAAGAGCAAAAGAGGAUGUGAAAGAAGAUGAUGGUUAUACUAACGAUAAGCAGAAACCAAAUGUUAAUCAAAACAAAUUUGUUGUUUAUAGUAUUUUUGCUGUGGUUCUUAUACUGUUAUAUUCCUAUUACACUAUUUACUAUACGUAUAGAGUUGAAGAAUCGCCCUUAAAAGUACCGUUAUUGAAACCAAAAUAUGCAGUUAUAAUUGACGCAGGCAGUACUGGAUCUAGGGUUUUAGCAUUAUCUUUUAAAAGCACUCCAAGUGGUGGCUUAACAUUGGAAGAUGAGUUAUUUGUACAAGUGAAGCCUGGUGUGUCUAGUUUUGCAGAUGACCCUAAAAAGGCUUCAGAAUCAGUCGAUCAGUUGUUAGCUAAAGCCUUAAACUUUGUACCAAAACAGUAUUGGAAAGACACCCCACUUGCAAUGAGAGCAACAGCUGGUUUAAGAUUGUUACCAGUUGAAAAAGCUGAUGGACUUCUGAAUGAGAUAAGACAUUUGUUUGAUAGAAGUCCAUUUUACACAAAUAAAAAUUCCGUGGCCAUCAUGGAUGGAAUUGAUGAAGGGCUUUUCUCAUGGUUCACUGUCAAUUUUCUUCUUGACCGUUUGAAUGGUAAAUUGACACAUACAGUGGCCGCUCUUGAUUUAGGAGGAGGAUCUAUACAAAUUACAUUUAUUCCAUCAGAUAGCACUCAAAUCAAACAAAAACUACCAGAAUUUAUUACCGAAUAUUCAAUAAUGAACCAAAAGGUUAACUUAUACAGUCAUAGCUAUUUAGGUUUAGGCCUAAUGGCAGCUCGUAAAAGUGUAUUUACUAGCUAUGGCGAUGAAAUAAACGUCACUAGUCCAUGUGUCAGUGAAGCUGCUAAAGGUACCCCUUAUAAAUUUGCUGGAAAAACUUACCAUGUCACUGGUGCUUCGUCAAAAAAUGGAACGGCUAUUGACUAUAAUAAAUGUAAAAACAUCAUUGAACGCGUUGUAGAAGCUAUUGAUACAGAUAAACCUAAAGACUUACUUACUCAACCCAUAAUAGCAUUUUCAUAUUUCUAUGAUAGGGCCCAAGAUGCUGAUCUUGUUGGUGAAGAAGGAGGUACCGUUACAGUCAAUAAGUUUUAUGCAGCUGCUAUAAAGGAAUGUAGCAAAUCAGACUAUAAUGAAUUACGUCCAUUCAAAUGUCUGGACUUGAUUUACAUUUCUGUGCUUUUGGAACAAGGCUUUGGAUUACCUGGAGACGAACCAAUUACUCUACUCAACACCAUUGAUGGCCAUGAGAUAAGCUGGGCUCUCGGUGCUGCCUACCAUAUUUUACAAAAUGGACUUUAAUAUAGUGUUCUACAAUUUACAAAUUACCAAUUAUAAGUCAACCAAUUUCGAUCAAAUAUUUAUUAAUUAAUUUUACAUUGUUAUUCCUAUAGCUUAAACUUUAAUCUAUCUAUUUAGAUUUAUAUAUGUAUAGUUCAGUUUUAGUAUAACUUCUUUGCCAUUUUUGUUCACGAAUGUGUUAUAUUAUCUUUAAAAUAAAAUUUUGAAAAUUUAAGUA